ACCAUGCACUGAUAAGGUUGUUCUUCGGGUGUUCUAUCGGCGAAUGAAAAUAGUGCGAAAAUAUUCUGGCACAGACAGUUCGCCCUUAAUCGCGUCGGCAAAAUGUGGUUCACUAUUUUGAUAGUGCUUCUCAUUAUUCCGUUCUUGAGCAUUUCAGUAGAAAGUGUACGGAAUAUUUUUCUGUAUUUUAGAAUAAAACGAAGCCUACCGAAGUCAAGAACAAUCCCGUGGCUUCCAAUAGUGGGUAGUUAUGCUCUCUACAAAGAAGAUAUAUCGGCCACUGGAAUACUAACCGCUUUUCAUCGGUUAGUAAAGAAAUACGGGGAUAAUUUCCUGUUGCAGGGUUUAAUGAAUGAGCCAAUGGUUUACGUAAACACUCCGGAUGUGGCAGAACAAGUGCUAUCGACUCCUGGCAAUUAUAAGGCAAAAGUAUACGACUUCAUUGCUCCUCUGAGUCAAAACGGAAUUCUCACUACGUAUGGGACCAAGUUCGUAGAGAAACGCAAGAUGGUAGCCAGAGCGUUUAGCUACAGGAUGUUGAAAAUUUUCUGUGGAGUUUUUGGAAAUCAGUUCAUUCAUCUGCAAGAGAAAAUUCAGAGUAAAAUAGGAAAGGGAGAUUUCGAUGUGCACAAUGCUAUUUGGUGGUUUUCCCUGGAUGUGAUAGCAGAGACGGCUAUGGGAGUGAAGCUGGGCUGCCAAAAAGAUAACUCACUGCCGUACGCGAAAGCCCUUGAAGAAUUACUACACAUAAUUUCACGCAGAUUGCAUAAUCCAUUGAACCAAUACGAGAGCCUUUUUAGGUUACGAAGAAUGUAUCGACGUCAGAAUAUUGCGUCCAAAUACGUUCAUGACUUUGCUGAUGUCGUUAUAAAGAAACGAAAGCAGACGUUACUAGCUUCCAAGCCAGAUGGGUACGAAAACGACGAUCAGUGCAAAACUUUGCUCGAUCAUUUAUUGAUAGCCAAAGAGUGUGGUAAGUUCCUAUCGGAUGAAGAGCUCCGCGACGAAGUAAAUACAUUUAUUUUCGGAGGCCAUGAUACGACUGCAAGCACCGCAGCUUUUGCUGUCUACGAACUAUCUCAAAAUGCUGAUAUUCAACAGAGGGUCUACGAGGAGCUGAUAGCGGUGUUUGGUCAAAAUCUUGAGAAAAUUCCUUUGAACGUUAGCAAUCUUUCAAAGCUGAAGUACAUGGAUAUGGUGAUCAAAGAAACACUCAGAUUAUACACCACAGUACCGUUGAUUGGUCGAAAGGCAACAGGAGAUUUGAUUAUCGAUCAACGGGCCAUUCCCAAGGGAACAUCGGUAAUGAUUAUGGUACAAACGAUGCAUCAUGAUCCCAGACUUUAUCCGGAGCCGAAACGAUUUGAUCCGGAUCGUUUUACCGAUGAGGCCAUUUCGCGAAGGCAUCCUUUCAGUUUCAUACCUUUCGGAGCUGCUCCUCGACUUUGUGUUGGACAAAAGUAUGCAAUGGUUGAGCUGAAAUUAGUACUGAGUAUGCUUUUGAAUAAAUUUAAAUUUUUUCCAUGCAACCCAGAGAACCGUGUUCAGGUUAAGGUUAGUCUUACUUUGACUACCGAAACUGGAGUUAAUGUGAAGGUUGAACCACGUUAGAAUUAUAUUUUUAAAUUUAAUAAAUUAGU